GUAGAAAAAAGAAGUCCUCCUAGAAAAUUAUCUUCCAAUGAGAUUUUAGAACAACUAAAGGACCUUGAAGGCAUGAAAUUUGGUAAAACAAUGAAAUUGCCAAAGAGGGAUGAAAAUUGGAAGAAGAAAAGCAUUUGUUUUUGUUUUUUAAGCACGAAUUGUAUCUGUUGAUACAUAUAUCCAUGAGUUUCUGAAAAACCUUUGUAGCUAUAAUUACUUAUUUUUUCACACUUUGCAUUCGUGUUUUUUAUUGGCUUAUUUGAAUAGAUAUAUGUCAGGAUGCCUUUGUUUUAUGAAUAGUUAUUGAUAAAUGGUCAAUAUUAUUUCACAGCACUUGUACACCAUGUGUAUAGUAGGUGGCAGCAUCUUUGCAUUAGGGAUGUAGUGGAUGGUAGUUGAUGAGAUUAGGCAGUCAAUGUGCUUUACAUUUCUGCAAUUGUAAAAUUGUCUAACCCUAUUUUUUUUAACUUUUGUAAAUGCAGAUGAAUGAGUAUGAAAAAAAGAGGCUUCUUACAAUAGAAACCAACAAAAACAGACUCAAGUCGUUGGGCAUGAAACGAAUCGCAUCCUCUUUGUCAAGCUUGGUUGAAGGGACAAAAAAAAGAAAAAAAAGAAAAAAAAAUGCUAGCGUGGAAGAUGAUGAAUAUGUUCCCACAAAUGAUGAGCUUGAGGUUCAGGAACGUGAAAUAGAACCUCAAAUUAGGUUUACAAGAAAGGCUAACAUAAGACAUUUGAGAGGAGGAAACAAAAAAGGCAAUUUCAUUCCACCAAUGUCAGUGAAAAAGUUUCUAAAGACGAACAAGAAAGCACAAGAAACAAUGGCCAUGGAUAUCUUAGAAAAAGAUUCAAUCUCAUCACUCGGAGAGUUUCAGCAACAAUCAAAGCCAAUCCUUUCUCAACACUUCUGUAAAGACUUGUUUUUUAUUCUAUACAUGUAAAGAGAAUAUGAUGAAGAAACUGGAGGGACAAGGGAGAAUAAUAACACCACAGAGGGGGGCUAUGAUGAGGAAGGGCGACAAAAAGGUCAAUCACUUGAACUUCAAGAUGCAUCUUUGGAUACUGAACCAUUGAACGACGAGGAACUCAUGACUGUAGCAGAGAAUGAAGACCUUAACAUUUCAUCAGGAGAAGUGGUCAAUUGAUGACCCUGUAAAUAGGCGGGAGUGUGUUAUAAAACAUGCACAACGUUUAUUUAGUGGUGCUAGGAGCAAAUUGAAAUCAAAGUACUUUAAUGAUAAAAACUUGAAAACAAAAGAAGAACGUCUCAAAAAUAAGCCUAGUCAUCUGACUAAAGUCGAAUGAAAGUUCUUGGUUGAUUAUUAGAGUGAAGAGACGAUUAUGGAGAAGAGAAAAAAAGCAAGUGAAAGUAGGGCACAUCAAGAGAUGCCUCACUAUAACGGCACUAAAAGCUUUGGUCGCACUAGACAAGAAAUAAGGAAGAAGAAUGGCGGGAAGUGUUCUCGAGUUGAUGUAUUGGUUGCAACUCGUACAAGAAAAUCUGAGAAGGCUGUGAAUGCAUUAAAUUUGGCAAAUAACACCCAUACAAUAGAUGAGAUAAACAAAUUGAAAGAACAAAGAGAGCAAGGUCUUAAUGAGAAAACAGAUGAGCAAAUUAUUCAGGAUGUGCUUGGCAAAGAUACACAUGGGUCUUUGAAAGCUUAUGGACCUGGUAGAAGUAUUACACAACAUUUUAAAGUAAAGCCCUCUCAAAUUGAUCUUACUCAAGAGGUGAAUGAAGUUAAAAAGAAAGCAGAUCAAGCAAUUGAAGAUGCAAGAAAAGAAGCUGAAAAUGCUAGAACAGAAGCAAAACAAGCUAAAUUAGAAGUUGAACAUGCCAAAAAAGAGGCGGAAGCUGUUAAGAAUGACGUGGACAGAAAAAUUGCUGAGAACAAUGCAGUUUGGGAGAAAAAGUUUAGUCAACUUCUGGAUUUUCUUGGAGCAGGAAGUUCAUCAGAUACUGAUGAUUUAGGAAGUCAAGGUUCAAAGGAAUGAAGUGACAAGGAGCGGAGCGCAGACAUAUUGUCACAUUGUACGUAUAGAGUAUAUAUUGUUCUUUAGCAAAACGAUUUGAGUGUUUUUUUUAGUAAGAGUGAGCUAGUGAUGAGACAAUGAGACAAUUGAUUUCUAGUAUGUUUGUAUGUAUGGGUAUCGAAUUCAAGUAUGUUUGAAUGUCAAGUGAAUUUGUUUGCCACGUACAUACCCAUGGCAUAAAAAUCGAAAUUUGCCACAACUCCAUUUUCCCGUGGCAAAUUUUCUAGCCAC